AUGCCGCGCCAACGGCAGAGACCGAAACGGGAUGUCUUAGACCAGGAGCAGCCAUCAGCAACAAUCGCAUUAGCACCGAAGAGGCCUUCAAAAGUCGCAAUUUACUGGAGAAACUUAUUCGGAUGGGACCUUCUACUAAUCGUGUCUGUGAUAUUCACAGCAUCUGCUUAUAUGUUCUUGUACAUUUUCUUGCAUCCAUCACUUGAUAAACUUCCUUCAAUUCAAGGUCCCGAUUAUGACACGAAACUUUGGGGAAGUUACCGACCCCACUUGUACUUUGGCAUGCGGACAAGGUCCCCAACAUCGCCCCUAUUCGGAAUGAUGUGGUACGAGCAGCCCAAUUAUGUGCUGAAACCUCACAUUCGACACUGGUGUAACCAGGGUGAUGGUAUCGACAGAUACGGUUGGUAUGAAGCCGAUGCGAGAACAUUUGGCAAGCAGAACAUCACCGAAUCUUCUGGACGUAUACAAACCGACUGGAUCAAUGAAUCUGGCAGCGGGUUCUCGGCACGCAUCAAAUUCAAUAUGAAGCCAGGGAAGAGAUUCAAUGUGAUUUUCUAUAUGGCAUCCACUGAUAACACGAACAGUUUUCGAUUGGGAAAACAUCUAAACGAUAUUUUUUACGGUCAAUCUGAUUCCUUGGGAAGAAUGAAAUUUUCAAUUCAUAUGAAACGUUCCACAAAAAUGGAACAAUCGCAUUCGGCAUUGGUGGUCAACGAGAAAGUGCCGAUUGAUAGGUAUCAUGACUUUAUGACCGAUAAUAUGCAAGUAAUCGAUUCCGGCAACAACAACAUCCAUUACAUUCUCAACAACAAACACAACGAUAUUGAUGGAAGAUUCGUCGCAGUUCAACUCAAUUUCGGAAAUUCCGCCGAAUUCGAUAUUGCGUUGAGUGUCGGCCCAGUUCAACCACCAAUUUUCGAGAAAUUCGACGCGGAAAUUGCGCGAAGAUCGAAUAAUUUCAAUAGGAAAUACGAGAAUGCGUUUGGAAUCGCCAAAAAGAAUUAUUCGGUCGUUCAACAACAAAUGGCCAAAUUCGCGCUAUCGAACAUGCUGGGAGGUGUCGGCUACUGGUACGGACUCAAUCGGGUUUAUUCCACACCAAACUAUCUUCAACUUUAUGGCCCACACACGCUGUUCUCGGCGGUUCCGUCCCGUCCAUUUUUCCCACGAGGAUUCUUAUGGGAUGAAGGAUUCCAUAAUAUGCUUAUCAGAAAAAUUGAUCCAAAGUUGUCUCUUGAGAUUAUCACUUCCUACAUGAAUCUAAUGGAGACUAGCGGUUGGAUUCCACGUGAGGUGAUACUCGGCGCUGAAUCUGAAGCCAAAGUUCCUGCCGAAUUCAUUCCGCAGCACACUGAUGUUGCUAAUCCCCCAAGUUUCUUCUAUGUCGUCGACAAACUCGUACACGAUGAGAAAGUGAUUGGCAAAUACGGGCACAUUUUGACGCGAAUCUAUCCACGAUUGGAAAAAUGGUUCCUAUGGUUGAGGUCCACGCAAUUUGGACCAUCUAGAACUACAUUCAGAUGGCGUGGUCGAAAUGAGACAAUCGCGACUGAACUAAAUCCAAAGACUCUCUCCUCUGGUCUUGAUGACUAUCCGAGAGCCAGUCAUCCGACUCCAGAAGAAUAUCAUCUUGACCUCCGAUGUUGGCUGGCCUUGUGUGGAAAAGUUUUGGAGCGCUUAUCGAAGCACUAUGGAACCGAUUCGGAUCAUCGUAAAUUCUCGAAACACAAAGAAGAACUGAAUGAUCUUGAAAGUUUGGUUAGGGACCAUUGGAGCGAAAAAGACGGGGGAUUUUUCGAUUUUGGAAAACAUAGCGAUGAUGUUGGUCUCGCGCCGGUACCAAAAUCAAGCGAACCGAGAGGAUUUGAAUACCAAAGAGUCACGUCUCGCGCUCCUGUCUAUAAGCUCGUUACGAAUGUCUACGGCUAUAAUAGCCUUUACCCAAUGAUGUUCCGAAUGUUCCCAGCCGAUUCGAAAUACUUGAAAGCUACUCUUGAUAAAAUCCGCGAUCCGAAAGUCCUGUGGACUCCGUUUGGCCUACGAUCGAUUUCAAAAUCAUCGCCUUAUUAUCAAGCGAGAAAUACCGAGCAUGAUCCGCCAUACUGGAGAGGAAAUAUUUGGAUUAACAUUAAUUAUAUGACGCUAUCAGCACUUCGGUAUUACGCUGAUCAGAAGGGUCCGCAUCAAGUACAAGCCGAGCAAAUCUUUCAGGAAUUGAGAAAGAAUUUGGUGAACAAUAUGGCUAAGGAAUUCCGUCGAACUGGACAUAUUUGGGAGAAUUACAACGAUAUUACUGGCGAGGGACAAGGAACCCAUCCAUUCACUGGUUGGUCAUCGCUCAUUCUAAUGAUCAUGAGUGAUAAUCUGGACACCUAG